AUGAACGGAACGUUUUACGAGCAGCUGGGGAGUGUGGCUGGGGUGUUCGAACAGUGGGGCACAUGUGAGCGGACCGUGGUGGCCUGCGCUCUUGCUCGCCGGGUACCCUGGCCUGGGCUGCGGCUUGUGCAGAGGACGGUGGAAGCAGCUUUGCAGAAUCACGUGGAAGACGAGCGUCUCGAACGAGAUGCUAAUGAUGAGACACUCCUGGCCACAUUAUUGGCGGCCAGAGUCAGUGAUGAUGAAGAAGAAGAUGGUGAAAGACUGCUUAAACUUCUGGCCCUGCUGCCUCUGCUAAGGACAGACAACGAGCGAGCUAAGAAUAUCUAUGUGGGUGCUGCUCCAGCUCUAGUGCAGAGAUGUGUGGAUGCACCAAGGCGCACUAUAGCUCCAGAUUUAUGUCGACAACUUUUGUCAUAUCUUCUUGUACAUCCUGCAUUGUCUCUUCACGAUCAGAGGACCUUGACACAAUGGCUACGCUAUCUAGAAAACCACAUCUCAGGCAACAGAAACUCAGAGUCUGUUUGGCAACAACGCACAGAUCAUUGUCUCCUCCCGGAGACUAACAUUUGGAAUACCAAUAGCACCUUUAGACGCACCAUCGGGAAGAAUGUAGAAUUUAGGGGAAUACUAGACACGGUAGAUCCCCCGUCCUAUACAGAUUUGUUGCAGGAAUCCUUCUCAAAGAACGGCAGAGACGUAGACAUAAGCAUAGAGGGAGACAUCUUCGAUCCGGUGAUCGUUCAGGCCAAGUCGCAGAGGUCCAACAGCUUAACCCCACCGUCGACCAACUUCUUACAUAUGUCGUCCUCGGCCGAGAAUCUGAGCGACGAACCGUUUCAGAAACCUCGAAGUUUUUCGUUAUCCAGCGAACACAGUUUAGGCCAUUUGAGGCCGAUCGGCGUCAUGUACGGGACCACGGGCAGCGAGACGAGGCUGGACGAUCUGAGGUCGAACAAUUACACCGAGCACCCCGGGAUGUCCACGGUGGCUCAGUGGUUGAAGAGCCUGCGCUUGCACAAGUACGUGUGGCUCUUCACCAACAUCACGUACGAGCAGAUGAUGGCCAUGGACGAGAAGCAUUUAGAGAAAUUGGGCGUGACGAAAGGCGCUCGGCACAAGAUCCUGCUGUCCAUAAAGAAGCUGAGCGAGCGGUCGGCCAUCCUGGAGAGCGUGCAGAGCGAACUGAAGUCGGGGGCCGGGCCGGGGCCUCUGCUGCGGGCCCUGGACAAACUUCGAGGGGUGAUGCUGUCGCCCAUGCCGCCGACGUCCGAUCUGCCCGCGGCCUUGGUGGCCGCGCUGGACCUGGCGUCCGAGUGUCUGACCGGGGGCGGAGGGGCCGAGGGCGAGGACUUCGCGGACCCCAUGUCCCUGCACUGCUGGCUGGUCGAGAAGGCCCUGCACCACGAGUCCUUCGUCGGCGGGAGUCUGCGAGAGGCCCUCCGACGCCUUCGCCACCGCCUGCCCCCGAGGCAGUUCUUCCAGCACGUCAGCGACAUGCCGGCGCAUCGAAGGCACAAGCCCAGAUGGCGCGCGGGGCCGGCCCCCCGAGGACGCCGCUGGACGCCCCCCACCCCCCGCGGCAAGUCCCACUCGUACCCGCCCUUCCCCCCGCACGCCCUGCCUCCCGCCGCCCUCCCUCAGCACGAAGACUACUCCAGCCUCGACGCCCUCUGCCUGCAGAUGACGGAGCAGGCCAUCGACUGA